AUGGUAACAACUAGUAACACGAGAACAUCAACGACACUAGUGCCAACAUCGAUGUUAACCACAAUAUCAACAGUAACCAUCGAAACAUUAGCAGCCACAACGAACACAACGGCAGUAUCGUCAACAACGGAAACCACUACACCACCGAAAGCAUCAAUAGUAGCAUCGGAAACAUCUGAAACAUUAGCAGCCACUACAGACACAGUCAUUAUAUCGACAACAUCAGUACCAACCACAUCUAUUAUAAAAACUACGUCAUCGCCAGUAGCAAUAACGAUAUCGACAACACCGAUAACAGAUCCGAUGACAUUAUCAAUCACUACAGAGAUAGUCACAACAAUGAUAUCGUUAACUACAACUACUCGUUCUACUACAUCUUCACCGCCAAGACCUGGUGAUGGCAUUUGUGAAACAGCUACAUGGGAACGAGUAGGUCAAGUUGUGGCUGGUGGUAAUGGUGCAGGAUCGAAUCGUAACCAAUUGGAUCACCCUGCUGCCAUCAUUGUUGAUGAAAAUCAAACAAUUUAUGUCUCGGAUAAUGUUAAUAAUCGUAUUAUAAAAUGGAAUGCUGGUGAAUCGAGUGGACAAGUAGUUGCCGGUGGAAAUGGUAGAGGAGGGGCUCCUAAUCAAUUACAUGGUCCACGUGGUUUUGUUCUAAACCAAAAUGGAACACUUUACAUUGGUGAUGCUGAAAAUAAUCGUGUUCAACGUUGGUUUCGUGGUAAUUCAUCUGGAGAUACAAUUAUAAGUAAUAUUUAUGCCCACGGUAUGGCACAAGAUGAUGAAGGAUCUCUUUAUAUAUCCGAUAGAGCGAAAGGUGAAGUGAUUAAGCUACCGAUAAAUGAGACUGUUGGACAAGUAAUUAUAUCCAAACUGAAUCGUCCAUAUCUAAUUUUCCUUGAUAGAAAUCAAUCUCUCUAUGUAACUGAUCGAGAUAAUCAUCGAGUGGUAAAAUUAGAGUAUGGAGCAACUCAAAUAUCUGUUGUUGCUGAUGGAUCUGGUGGUGGUGGUGGUAUGAAUCAGCUGCAAGGGCCAGAAAGUGUAUUUGUCGAUGAAUUUGAAACUCUCUAUAUAGCUGAUAGUUAUAAUCAUCGAAUCAUACGAUGGUUACGUGGAGUCAAAUCCGGUAGUGUCAUUGCCGGUGGUCGUGGACAAGGUUCUAACUUAGAUCAAUUUAAUUUACCGACUGAUGUAUCAUUUGAUCUCGAUGGCAAUCUUUACGUGGCUGAUCAUUAUAAUCAUCGUGUACUCAAAUUUCCCAUUGAUAAGAGCUCCUGUUGA